AAAGAGAUGAGAACACUGUUUGCCAUACUAAACGCCAUAAUCACUAAUACAGCCUAUAAUGAUCGCAUUAAAUGGGUUAAUCUAGGUCUCAAUAAAUAUAAGACAGAGUUCCCCGACUCGUUGGUAUCGCUGUUCACAUUUACAUCGGGCGCUAACGUUGCGGAGACCGACAUAGUGCCACAUAACAGGUGGACACAAACUUACCUGUUACCUUAUUUGCAAAGACCUACCGAGACCAUUGAGAGCGUGGAUUUUGAAAACGUUUUGCACUACGGGAUCGAGAUGUUCACCGAUAUUAAAUCAAACGGGGGCACAUUUGUCGUGGUAAUCGGUGGACCCGGGAUCAAGACAUCCAAUAACGUGGACAAAGUGGACAAACUGGCCGUACAGUUGAGGGAUAAGGGCAUCAAAUUGAAUAUAAUUGUCUUCCCGUUUGACGCCCACGUGAACCGAGUGUUUGCGUCUCCGCUCUUCCAAACGGCCGCGUCUGUGACGAGUGGACGGGUAGUCUACGUGCGCGAGGACUCAUUGGCCGCUCGCACUGCCCACCAAUUUAUGAAGGCUUUUGGAGAUCUCACUAAUGAUUACCAGAUUAUCGAUCAGAAAUAUAUCGACCCUUCGGGCGGAACGACAAUUGAUUUCAAGUUUAAUGUCGACAAUAGUCUCAUGAAUGGUGACAGUCCUAAGACAAAGACAUUAAGAGUAUAUUUCAUGCGAACAAAUACUGCCCUUGAUAAACCUAUUUCUGGUGUUCAAUUAAGACAACUAUCAAGAAGUUUUACACCCAAACCUUUCAAAGACACCCAGGGUUAUAUCCAGGGUUUUAUUGUCACCAUCGAUAAGUCCGAUGAUAUAUCCGGCGAAUUUCAACUAACAGCCACUCGCGCGGACACGAGUGAGUCGGUGAUAGCUGUGGCA